AUGAAUUCUGAUGUUGAACCACCGCAGAAGAAGAAGAAGAAGACACCGUUUUCGUCGCUUCCAGAAGAAAUCGUUGUAAGCUGCUUAGCCCGCAUAUCAAAUUCGCACUACCCGAAACUGUCCCUAGUCUCCAAGAGCUUCUGCUCUCUCAUCUCAUCCUUUGAUCUCUAUAUUGCCCGAUUUCACUUGGAAAGAACAGAAAAAGUACUUCAUGUCUGCUUACAGCUUCCCGAUCGUUGUCUUCCCUCAUGGUUCAGCCUCUGGAUAAAACCUGAUCAAACCCUAAAAAUUGACUACAUGGACAAGGAUGACAACAACAGGUCUUGUAACACCAAGUUGGUACCAGUUCCUUCAUCAUAUUCUCCUCGUGAACCAUCAACGUUCCUCCGUAAGGUUGGAUUGAAAGAAUACGCAAUAUUGGGACAACACAGAUCUUCGACGACCCUACACAACCACCUCGAGAUGAAGGUUCGCAAUGAGGGGGUUAAAAAUGAAUGGCGUAAAGCGCCUAGCAUGAGAGUGGCUCGAGAGAAGGCGCUCACGGUUGCGGGCGUCCUCAAUGAGAAAAUAUAUGUAAUGGGUGGUUGCAAGGCAGAAGAAACCGAGAAUUGGGCUGAGGUUUUCGACACAAAGACUCAAACUUGGGAAGCUUUACCUGACCCUGGCGCUGAGCUCCGCUUCUCUUUACUUAAAUCAAUGAGAAUGAUCGAGGGAAAGGUCUACGUUGAGAACAGCGAGAAGAAGCGUUAUGUUUAUGAUCCAAAAGAAGGUAGAUGGGACGUUGCAGCAACAGCAUUAGUGCAUGAUCAGAGAAUUAUGUGUUACAUAGAUGUUUGUUGGUACCUUUAUGAUAGUGUUACAAAAUGUUGCCUAUGGUAUGACAUUACGCGUAAAGAGCGGGGAAUGGUCAAAGGUUUGGAGGCAUUUAAUAGGAAUUGUCGUGGUGGUGGUGUAAGAGUUAUUACAUUAGCUAACUACCGUGAGAAGCUCUUAAUCUUAUGGGACGAGUUUGAGAAGCCUGGUGGUCAAUGUCAAAACAAGAACAUUUGGUGUGCGGUGAUUAACCUUGAAAGACGUAAUGAUGAUGAUGAUGAUGAAGUUUGGGGAACUGUUGAGUGGGCUAGUGUUGUGCUUACCGUUCCUAGUUCAUACGUUUUCUUGCGUUAUGAAGUGAAUUCGGUUUGA